AUGGCGCAAGGCGCAACCAUCCAGGCGCCAGGCCUAUCCACCUUCCUCAAGUCUCUCAAAACCACGCCCGUCGACCCGUCCGUCGAGCACCUCAUUUCGCUCCUCAAGCGACGCCAGAUCCGAAACUCAAGACCAUGCGCCAUUGCGACCACGGCUCUCUUGCUGCGCGUGGUGGGAGAAUUCAAGGGGCGAGACGCCGCAAAGUUGAUUGAGCGCAUAAGACAAGUCGGUAGGCGGGUGACUUCCGCUCAGCCACGGAAGGUGGUGGUAGGGACCAUGUUACGCCGGGUGCGGGGGCUGGUGCGCGAAGUCGUCGAUGAACAUGCAGAUGGUCAGACACCUACUGGCAGCGAGCCAGCAACACCACAUGCGCCGCACGACUCCCUCCACAGGCCACCGCUCAACUCGACCAUCUCCACAUUCAGCCCCCUCAGACAUGCAGUGGCAGAGCCCAUGCACGCGAGUGUAUACGACAACAUGUCAGACUCGAGCGAGAUGUCAAGACGGCCUCCGCUGCUCAGCUCCCAUACCUCGUAUGCGCCCACUUCCACUGCGCCCUUGGUCAAUUCGCUCUUUGGCCUCUUCUCGCAGCCCGCAGACACACCAUCAAAUACGAGCACACCCACCGGCCAAAGGUCACCAAGCGGCAAGGGCACACUCACUGCCCUGAACCUAGAACGUCUCGAGAAUCUGAACAGGAGCCAACCGAAUCUAGAUCUCAAGGGCGAAGUCAUGGAGGGUAUAAGAGAACUCCAGGAUGAGCUCGAAACCUCGGACAAACAGAUUGCCGAAGUCGCGCUCGAACACAUUCACGCAAACGAGAUCAUCCUCACGCACACUGCAUCGACUACCGUACAGAAGUUCCUCUUGUUCGCUGCUCGAAAACGAAAGUUUACCGUGGUCCAUGCCGAGACAUAUCCCCAUGACCACGCGGCCACGCAUGGCAUUCUGCUGACGGGAAAGAAGCGAGAAGCCAAUCCAGAUGAUGAUCUAGACGAUGACAAGUGGAAGCCACUCACCGAAGCCGGUAUUCAGGUCUAUGUCAUCCCAGACUCACACGUAUUCGCCAUCAUGUCGCGAGUCAACAAGGUCAUCCUAGCAACACACACCGUCCUAGCAAAUGGUGGGCUUGUAGCAGCAGCCGGCGCGCACAUGAUCGCCAAGGCAGCCAAAGAGCAUCAGACACCUGUCGUGGUGCUCAGCGGUGUCUACAAACUGAGCCCUGUCUACCCAUUCGAUAUUGACGAACUCAUCGAGCAUGGCGAUGCAGGCAUGGUGAUUCCAUACGACGACGGUGAUUUCGUGGAGAAGGUCGAUGUGGAGAAUCCGCUGUUCGACUAUGUUCCUGCAGACCUGGUAGAUCUCUACAUUACCAACCUUGGUGGACAUGCACCUUCAUACCUCUACCGCAUUGUAGCGGACCACUACCGAUCCGAGGACAUCACUCUGUAG